AUGGACCCCCCAUCGCCCACCGCUACCUGCGAGUCUGGCAUCUUUGGCCUCAUCAAUUGCAAUGCCGGCGCUGCGACAACUAACGAGGGGCAGACGGUUGGUGCGCUGGUCGCCGCCAUCGCCGGUUCCUUCGUGUCCCUGGGUGUGCAGCUGCUCAUCUUCCUGCUGUUGAGACUACGCCUGUCGCGCAUCUACCGACCGAAAUCAUACCUCGUGCCCGAACGCGAACGAGUCCCGCAACCGCCUGGAGGCCUCAUCGGAUGGCUCUACCCGCUCUUCACCACCGACAACCUCACCCUCAUCCAGAAGUGCGGCCUCGAUGCCUACUUCUUCCUGCGCUUCCUGCGCAUGCUGCUCAAGCUCUUCUUUCCCGCUGCCCUCAUCAUCAUCCCCAUUCUCCUGCCAAUCAACAAGACUGCUCACGCGGACGAAGUCCAUGGACUGGAUCGAUACUCCAUCUCCAACAUUGGAAAGCAAUUUGCACAUCGUCUGUGGGCACACACAAUCUUGGCCGUCAUGUUCGUGGCCUGGUUCUUCUAUGUGGUCUUUAAGGAACUCAGAGGAUACAUUCGCGUGCGCCAGGCCUUCCUCACCAGCCCACAGCACCGCAUCCGAGCCUCUGCCACCACCGUGCUUGUUACUGGCAUUCCACGCAAAUGGCUUACCCUCGAAGCCCUAUCUGGUCUCUACGAUGUCUUCCCGGGCGGCAUCCGCAACAUCUGGAUCAAUCGCAAUUUCGAUGAACUCGCGGACAAGGUCUCGCAGCGUGACAAGUGGGCUAAGAACCUGGAAGACGCAGAGACGGUCCUGAUCAAGAAGUGCCGCACCAAACACGCUGAGGCGGAGAAGAAGAGGGCAAAGGCGGAAGGUCGCAAGGCCAAGACGAAGGACGAGAAGAAACAGGACAAAGCGAACGAAGAUGCUGCGGCAGAGCAGAUGGCCCACGGUGAAGGUGUUAGUGCUGGUGGAGAGCAACGGAAUCAACUUCCACAAGGAAUGCAGGACAUUCUAGAAGAAGAAGAAGAACGACAGCAUGACAAGAUGGAGAAUCAGCGAAACAAGAACCCCUUCGGCGCCAUCGGGCAGGGUCUUGACGGUGUGGGACAGGGCUUUCAGAAGUUUGGCAAAGGAAUCGGACAGUUUGGCAAUAAGAUUGUUGGAGGUGUCGAGUCUGAGCUGCACAAAGCUGGGCACGACUUUGACCGGACAACGAAUACCCUUAACACGGGUGGACUCGGUGCCGGCUUUGCCACGGACGAUUCACUAUACCGAGUGCCCACUGCAGGCGACGGUCCCGCUUCGCCACGACCUAGUACAGUGCUGAGUCGGAACGUAAGCCCGAGACUGCCUGGCGGAUCCCAGAUCGAUACAUUGCCAAGGCAAACCCGCCAUCCCCUUGCCGGUCAGCAGGGCUCAUCGAACAGUGAUGACACCCUCGGUGUGCCAGAUAUCCAGACUACUCGGCCGAGCGGGGAGUCCAGACCAAGAGAGCCUCUUAAUAUCGAAGAACCACCUUCUCACGCAGCCAAACGAAGACCAUGGGAUCUAUUCAAGAACAACGAUCGAUCUUUGGUCCUCCCAUCACCCCAACCGCACAUCCAAGAAGACGACGAAUUUCCGUUGCACGAUUCGGGCAGCGACGAGAAAGAGCGGAAGGGCAGUACAGAGAAGAACAUCUCCGACAGCAAGACGACUGAAAAGUCGCACUUCUGGAAAAAGGGCGACAACAAGACGACAGAGUACCCUCAGUCUUUUGAUAAAGACUGGGACGAGGAUCAAGACGAAGAGCCAUACUGGAGGCGAUACAUGAAGCCGGAAGAUCGCGAAACGAUACGACUACCAGUCUUCUCUGCAACUUGGUGGCCAGCACUGCCACUGAUGGGGAAGAAAGUGGAUCGCAUCUACGAAUGCCGUCGCCAGCUUGCUCGACUCAACGCUGAGAUCGAGGCUGAUCAGAACGACGUCGAGAAAUUUUCAUACAUGAACUCUGCAUUCAUCCAGUUCAACCACCAGGUCGCUGCUCACAUGUGCUGUCAGUCGCUGAGUCACCACAUCCCUCAGCAAAUGGCACCUCGCCUCGUGGAGAUCAGUCCUGACGAUGUGCUAUGGGACAAUAUGGCAAUCAAAUGGUGGGAACGAUACCUCAGGACAGUCGUGGUAUUGCUUAUCUCCGCAGGGUUGAUCGUCUUCUACGCCAUUCCAGUCGCGUUCACAUCUUUGCUCAAUCAUAUCACGACAUUAGCACAGGUGGUUCCAUGGCUUGGAUGGCUCGAGAAAGCCCCUAAGACGGUGCAAAGCAUCAUUCAAGGUCUUCUCCCUCCUGCACUCUUGGCAGUGAUCCUGCUCCUGGUUCCCAUUAUUUUCCGCCUCCUGGUUAAGCAGCAAGGAGUCGCCACGGGAAAUGCGAAAGAGCUCGGUGUGCAGCAGUGGUACUUUGCUUUCCUGUUCAUACAAGUGUUCCUGGUCGUCACCAUUUCCGGCGGUCUCACCAAUUUCUUCUCCGAGGCGGCUACGAACCCUGGCAGUAUUGUUGAGCAGCUGGCUUCGAAUCUGCCGAAAGCGUCAACCUAUUUCUUCUCCUACCUGACGGUCCAAGCACUGUCCAACUCUGCUAGUGCUCUGCUACAAGUCGGAUCGUUGUUCAUGUGGUUCAUUAUGGCACCAAUCUCAGACUCGACAGCACGCGCGAAGUGGCGAAGGCAGACGAAUCUGAACAAUGUGCAAUGGGGCACUUUCUUUCCCCCAUUCACCAACUUCGCAACCAUCGGGAUCGUCUACUCGAUCAUAUCGCCUAUGAUUUUGGUCUUCAUGAUCUUCAUCUUCGGCCUCUUCUGGAUUGUGCAAAGAUACAACGUCCUUUUCGUGUAUCAAUUUCGCCACGACACUGGCGGUCUGCUGUUCCCCGUGGCAAUCAACCAGCUAUUCACUGGUCUCUACUUCCUUGAGCUUUGCUUGAUUGGCCUUUUCUUCGCGAUCAGUGGCCAGGCCUUCCCUCAAGCGAUCAUCAUGAUUAUUCUUCUGGUUGCGACCAUCUGCUACCAAUGGUUGCUGAACGUGGCAUUCAAGCCGCUGUUCCAGUACCUGCCCAUCACGUUGGAAGAUGAAGCUGUCAUACGCGAUGAAGAGUUUGCAAGAGCCCAGGCUAGCAAGUUCGCGCCCCUGAAUCAAGGCGACAGAGCUGAUGAGGACCCACGGGAUAUUCAAGACGCACUCGAGGAGCGGGAACAACGCGAGCAUGAUGCCGACCACGCCGCUGAAGAUGCUGAGAAGCGGGAUGUUGAGCAGCGUAGGCGCAGUGAUACUCCCGGCUCUGCACAUUCGCCUGAUGCACGGACACAAGGCUCCACACCACGAACAGGUCAAGGCGCGUGGCACGAACGCAAGGACACCGCCAAGCCAUUGUGGUCUACCGAAAAAUGGAAGAGAGUCGCACCGGAAGCAGUCGGUGCGCUUCGCUUUUUGGCUGAUGGCACUCGAAAUGACAAGCCGGAGCGUGACCCUGAGGCCCAACACACAGUCGGAGAUGUGCUCUUCUCCGGCUAUGCCGAUGAACUGGAGGAUCUUUCUCCUGACGAGCGCGACGUCUUGGUGAGAUAUGCGUUCCAACAUAGCGCACUCCGAGCCCGACGCCCCGUCGUGUGGAUCCCUCGCGACGCCCUUGGGGUCAGCGAUGACGAGAUCAAGAGAGCGAAGAAGAUGAGCACUGUUAAAGUCGACAACGAGAAUGGCGGCAAGGAGGAGAAGACCAAUAUCUGGAUGAGUAACGAAGGUACAGCACUGGAUGGGAAAGGCAGAGUGGUGUUUAGGAGAAGCCCACCUGAUUUCAGCAACAUCGACCUCAUUGCAUUGUGA